CCACCAUUCCCAAGCUCAUACCAAACCACUUCCUCUGAUACACCACAAGCACGCUCUAGUAUCUACCAGAAAUGUACUUCCUGGCUGCCCUCAUAAAGAUUGUCGACUUGAUCUCGCAGGCCCUCCGCAACGCGGAGAAGCUGCCGGCGGCCCUGAUCACGAGCGGCAUCGUCGAAGGCGUGGCAGCGCUCGGGCUCGCUCUCUUCAAGGCUCCCGGAGGUAUUUUUCAGCACCACGGCAAGGUGCCCUUCUUCUUGUAUUACGGUAUUCUCAUCGCCACGGUGAUCUUCGGUUUUGUGGAGGCGUCUGCUGGCUUCUGGGUGUCCGGUGACCUGGUCGGCCGCCGUGCUGUUGGGAAGGCAAUCAUGUGGAUUUCGAUCCUACCAAUCGUCCUUGUGGCUGGGCUUGGAGGCUUUGUCAUCCUGAAAUAG